GAUCAGCUGAAUGUGGCAUCGCGGUCCGGUCUGACACAGCAGCGGGAAGCUCCCCGGGCCCCUCCGGCUCUCCUCCUCCCCGCCUCCAACACCUCCUCUCCGGCAGGAGCGCGGGCACCGAGGAGAGCGGCUCCAUCCAGCAGCAGAUCACCAGCACCAUCCAGGAAAUGCGGACUUCUUCUGGCCCUCUCGCUUCGGGAUAAAUGGCUGCAGCGGCCGCGGCGUAUCAGGCUGACCCCGUCAGAAGCUGAACGACUGACACACUCGUCAUCCAACAAAGAAGAUGCAGAGAAGACCUUGCGAUUGCUGUUAGAAUGGCUGAGGCUGGAUGGAAGCAGAGCUCCUUUGUACAGAGAAAUGGUCCAAGUUUACCUGCAUCCAUGCAGCUCCAGGGCACAUUUUAAUGAUGCCUCAUUUGGUCAUCUGGAAUAACUUUUGGCCCACAUUGAGAAAGGCCCUCCGUUUUGAUUUACAACUCAGUCUGUCAAUGUUCCCCGGCCUUUGACCUUUCUGCUGCCUGGCGGUGAGCCCCAUGAGGCUCCAAGAGCCCUUCCUUGCGUGUCUGUAAGGCCUCCUGCCCACUCUAUGGAGGCUGAGCCCAGCCGUCCGGCUGAUGGGCAGCGCUCUGGAGGGCAAGAGCAGCAGCAUGUGACAGCUGAAUCCUCAGUAGGAUCUUGUCCACCUCAGCAGCCCCAGCAGCCUCCUAAUCCUCGUCCUGUGCACAGAGCCUUGGGCCGCCUGCAAAAUCGCCAACCCAAACGCACUGACCUUCGGCUACAGCAGCAGCAAGCGCUAGCAUGGCAGCUUUCAGACAACCCAGGUCCCUCAGGAGGCAGCUUCUUCUCUCCAACGUCCCCUUCAACCUCAACCCUCCAUUCUACUUCCUCCACCCGGGGUGAGCAUGGUCAUGGGGUCCCAUCUCAGUCCAGCCAAGAGGGCCAAGAAGGGGUCAGCUCUCCCAGAAAAGGGGAGAAGAAACCCCAGAAACCAGGGAAAUAUGUGUGCACUUACUGUGGCCGUCCAUGUGCCAAGCCAAGCGUUCUUCAGAAACACAUUCGCUCCCAUACAGGAGAAAGACCCUACCCUUGUGCUCCCUGUGGCUUUUCUUUCAAGACCAAGAGCAACCUGUACAAGCACCGCAAGUCCCAUGCCCAUCGCAUUAAAGCAGGAUUGGCAUCCAGUCGUGAUGAGCCCAGUUUGAGUGGACCAGAGGGCAGUGGUGCCGGAGAAGACCCAGAGGAACACACAGAAGGAGAAAGCACUGAGUCAGAGGAAGAGACAGGCCAACACAGGCUUCAGGGUAAGGUUUCCUCGAAAGUGAUGUUGGGACAGCAGAGGAAAGGUGGUAAGGAAGUGCUGGUAGGCUCAGAGGAGAGCCAGAGGCCUGAAGACUCCCAGGCUGUCAAGCAAAGGUUGGCACUGAGACUAAGUGAAAGGAAGCGUGGACCCAAGGCUUCUUCGGAUGACCCUUCCUCUUCCUCCCUCUCCACCUCAUCUUCCUCUCAAGGCCCUGGCAGUAAAGGCAGCACAGAGUCUGGCUACUUUUCCGGAUCAGGCAGCACUGACCUGUCUCAAGUUAGUCCCCCCAGUGCUAGUGCCAAAACCUAUGCAGAAAUUAUUCUGGGGAAAUAUGGACGACUGGGGGGGCAGCAGCGCAGUCCCCAUCAUCAGCAACCUCAUUCCUCACUCUCCUCAUCCUCAGGAACAGAGGAAAAGAGCAUUCCCUUCACUGUACCCAAAACCCAAGUAAUAGAACACAUUACAAAGCUCAUCACUAUCAAUGAAGCAGUAGUAGACACUAGUGAGAUUGACAGCGUGAAGCCCAGACGCUCCUCUCUGUCCAGGAAGAGCAGCAUGGAGUCACCUAAAUUUACUGCUCCUAAAGAUCCCAGCACAUUUGAUCCCAAAUCAGAAACCCCCGGACCCAGUGGUUUGAGGUAUCUCCACAAUCCUGAGGCAGAUCCACCUGGUACCCAGGAGCUGUCAUCAGUGCCUAUGAUUAGAAGCCACUCCAUGCCUUCCUCCACCAGCCAAAAGGAGCCCUCAACCUCUGGCCCCAUGUCUCCCAGGCGUUACCGUCUCUGCCAAUCAUUUGAUGAGCAGCAAGCUGUGGUAGCGGAGAUGAGGGCUGGUCAUGUUCAGCGUAUGCUCAAGCGCCAACCUGCCAUAGAGGUGCCCCUGGGAGCUGAGGUGAUGCUGGAUGGGGCCAGUCCCACCACCAGCUUAGCCAGAGGUAGGGAACUAGCCAGGCAGCCGCAGCCGCAGCCGCAGCAACAGCAACAGAAAAAGAGUCCCAGCCUGUUUGAAUGUGAAGCAUGUGGCACUCACUUCCAAUACAGGGAAGGCUAUGAGGCCCACAUAGGCGUCUGCCCAGGACACCAGACGCUGGAACAAGAGAGCAGGGAUGUGAGAAAAACAUGCAGGGAGGAUCGCCCCCCGAUGAUGAUGCACUAUAAGUUCCGGGCACUGGCUAUGGCUGUGAGAAAGAGGAGGAAAGAGGAGAGCCUGGAGGAGGACCCUCCCAGCCCUGGAUCUGUAGCUGUGUCAGGCAGCUCUGCAGGCCUCAUUCCAGUGCCAAGCGGACAGGAACACGGCCAGGCCCUCUCAGGUGUUUCUUUAGCGACAGAGCCAAAAGAACAGCAGCAGCAACAGCAGCAGCAGGACAGGAAGGGUGUGUCCGUCAUCCAACACACAAGCUCUUUUGAGAAGCAGGAGAGUAUAUCCAUGGAAAGUCAGGAACCAGACCUCAGAGAGAGUCAGCAAACACAACAACCCGAGCCAAAACCAUCACCCUCUACAUCUCGCCUUAUCCGUCAGUCAAACAUCCAAGUGCCAGAGAUACUUGUAACUGUGGAGCCUGAUGCUGACAUGCCACCUGUGUCACCGCCAGUGAUAGCAUCCUCAUCCAAGGAGACAGAGAGAAUAGAGGAGUUCCAGUGGCCCCAGCGUAGCCAGAGUCUGGCCCAGCUCCCUGCAGAGAAGCUGCCACCAAAGAAGAAGAGACUUCGUCUCGCAGAAGCAGCCCAGUCGUCUGGGGAGUCCAGCUUUGAAUCUGUGUCUCUGUCUCGCACCCCCAGUCAAGAGAGCAACAUCUCCCACACGUCAAGCCUUUCUGCUUCUUGUGAAGACACAUUGAGAUCAGAGCCUGUUGUCUGGGCUGUCAGUAGCCAAAGCUCCCAGAUGUUGAUGGUGCCAUCUCUUUCCCACCAACACCAUCAAAGCCACAAGGAGAUGAGGCGUUCUGCCUCAGAGCAGACCCCAGCCAGCCCCCAGCAAACUGAGCAGAUCUCAGACACCAGAAGCAAAUCUUUUGACUAUGGGUCUCUGUCCACUCAGCAGUCAACGUCCUCCUGGAAAGAAAGAAGAAAGUGUCUGCUGGUGAAGCACGCCACCUUAGGGGAACCUGAACAAGAGGAAGGGGCCAGCAUGAGUCAGUUGUCUCGAGUAGAGAGUUCAAAGCCUGGGCCAUCCUCCUCCGUCCUCCCUCCACUCUGUUCAACUGAGUCAAACCCCCGGUUCAAUCUGGAGGCCACAGGGAAGGCUGUGCAGCUGUUCCAGCCGCGAAUCUUCCCACCCCAUAAGGAUGUGCUGCCUCUGCAGCCUGGAAGCCAACAGGCCUUUCCCCCAGGAUCGCUAUCUCAGCUACUCCCUUGCACCACAGCCAUCUCUGAAGUGCUGUCCACCCAGAUCAUCCACAGAGCCUUCUUACAUUCACAGUCAGGACCUCCACACAUACCAAUACACCCAACACAGAUCCACAUGUCAGAACAUUUGGGUAUACCACUGCAUCAGCUUCCAUUAGGUCCUCUCCAGUUCUCUUCCAGUACCAGACCUAGUCAGUCUAUAUACUUACCUGUUCCUCCAAGACUUACCAUACAUGUUCCAGUAGACAGCAGACCCUCUAUGUCUUCUGACCUCAUCCGUCAAUCCCUUGUAACAAUCUCCCACCGUCCCAUGCAGCCAGUCAUUGCCACAUGCCUGGCACAGCUUACACCAGUCGUGUCCCUUGUGGUUCCAGUGCGCCUCCAGACACAAAUGCCUACCUAUGCCAGUGCCAUGUAUACCACCCUAUCCCAGAUCCUGGCCUGCACACGCUCACAGGAACCCAUCUCUUGCACAGCUAUGGUCAUCAUGGGUCAGGUUGAGCGAGAAAAGCUGCAGCGGUCCUACCUGAAGGUCCCUUCUCCAGACAUCGUUCUUCCUCUGUCCCUGCCUCCCGAGCUGGCCUCAGGGUCUGGGGAGGGAUACAGUCCUCUGGGGGCUGGAGGAAGUAAACGGAUGCUUUCUCCUGCAGCCAGUCUUGAACUCAGCACAGAGGCUCAGCGUCACCAGAAAAGGGUAAAAGAGGAAGAGGAGGGUGAGCAUAAGGCAGGAGAUGAGGAGGAGGAAGAUGAAGAACAGAAAGUAAGAGAGGAGGAAGAAAGUAAAGCUACUGGGAGAAAACUGGAUGAGGGAGAGAAGAAUCAACCGGAGAGGGUGGAGGUGACAACUGUGAAAGUGGAGAGAGAGCAGGAGAAGGUGUCCAGGAAACAUAACAGGGAGGAAGCGAAGGAGGAGGAGUCGACUGUCAAGACAGGUCAAAAAAAGGAAGAGGUGCCGGUUGUGGAGGAGGAAGUGGCGAGAGGGAGCACCCCAUCAUACCCCAGCCUCCACACCACCACCUCUGUCAACUGGUGCUACCUGAAUUAUGUCAAACCCAACCCAUCUGUCCAGAGGGAUGCCCGCACCUCAGUUUACUCUACCUGGAGCAUAAGUGCUCACAACCCCAACCUGCCGGGCAUCAGCACUAAGAUGGUCUUGUCUCUGCUGUGCUCCAAACAAAAGCACAGCGCAGAGACGUACACCAUGGCCACAGCAUCAAGUCCGGCCAAAGGCAAACUGGCCACUGCCAAUAGCAGGACCCCGCUUGUGUCAGAGCUACAUGCCACCCCAGCCAGCACCGUCACUGAAGUAAAGGAUCAGCAGCAGCAUGAGAAGGAUGAGCCUAAAGAGAUGAGAGAAGAGGAGGAACCCUCCACUUCCAAACAGAGUGAGCCCCCUCGUGUUCGCAUCUUCGAAGGCGGGUAUAAGUCCAUUGAAGACUAUGUUUACGUGCGAGGUCGCGGCAGGGGGAAGUACAUAUGUGGAGAGUGCGGCAUCCGCUGCAAGAAGCCCAGUAUGCUUAAAAAGCACAUCCGAACGCACACCGAUGUCCGUCCGUACACUUGCAAACACUGCAACUUUGCCUUCAAAACCAAAGGAAACCUUACCAAACACAUGAAGUCAAAGGCUCAUGGGAAAAAAUGCCAGGCGAUGGGGGUAUCUGAGUCAUCACUGGACGAGCCAGAGAGCGAGGAAACAGCUGGAAGUGAGGAACGUGUUUGUGGCUCAGAGGAUAAGGAGACACAUCAGUUUUCCGACGUGGAGGACUCUGACUCUGACGACGACGACGACAAUGACGAUGAGGAAGAGGAGUCCGUGUCCCAUGAUGACCAACCGUCCUCCUGUUCCUCGGACACACACCAAUCAACAGGAGGGCGCUCCAGCAGCAGUAGGCCCUCUCAACAGGGUACCCCCGACCCCGAGGCCCCCGCAGGCCCCAGCCCCAGCCCCAGCCCCAGUCAGGAGCACUCGCCGAGGGGAGUGUGGCUCCGCAGACGAGCCGCCUCACCCGGGAGCAGGAGAGCUCUGUUCUCCCGGCGGGGCUGGAAGGCAUCACCGAGAGCCUUCUCCCCCAGGAGUGAGAGCUGCUCCCCCAGCCGCAGCCUCUCCCCCCGUCUGGAGCUGUCCUCACCCAUCCACAGCCUCUCCCCCAGGACUGAGCUGUCCUCACCCAGCCGACAUGUCUCACCUUCACCUGAAAGGGGACCAUCUCCCAUCAGACCCCUCUCUCCGCUUCGUCCCAUUUCGACCAGCUGCUACAGGUCACGAGCCCGGACCCCUCCUUGGCCGCUCUGGUUACAGCACAGGACUCCUGGAUACCUGCCGUGGGAGAGUCCCAGCACACAGGGUAGUCAGGUCCAACUGGAUAAAAGAGUUACAGCAGUUGGUGGAGCGACACCAUCACCUGAAACCAGCUUAUUUCCUGCUGCUUUUCGUCUUUCUACAUGUGAAAGUUAUCCCGCCCUCCAAGCAGCAGACAACAUCUUCAGCCAUCUUCCCAUGCACUCCCAACAAGCCAAGGUCCCCUAUCUGAUGAUCUCCAUCGGAGGAAUCCAAAUGGUACAGGCCAGACCCAGGUCCCACCCGACCACCCCCUCAUCCCCAACAUCUCCCCCCAUGGAGGGGAUGUCACUGGCCAGGUUCGAAUCACACUGGGGCGGGAACCCCAGAACUCAAGGGCUUAGGACUCCUGGAGACCACUGGUCAGAGCACCAGGCAGCAGGAACCAGCCAGUCCGGGCGGUGCGGUCUCAGCUCAGCUCCGGCACGUUCCAAACCGGAGUUGGAGACCACAGACUCAAAGCAAUAUGGCAGCUCACACAGCUCCGCCCACACUCGCCGGUCUGCCACUGAGACCAAGGAACCCGGUCUCAGAGACAGUCGUUUGAUGACACCCUUCAGUCCAGCAGCCGCCGUAGCCUCGCGUCUCAUUAGACAGCAGCCAGAGGGGGAGGAGCCACCAUCCAGUAGUGAUCCAGUUGAGGGAGGAGCUAAAGGAGGCUCUGCCAGAACAGACCAGAGCACUUAACAGUGUCGACAUCUUGAUGCAUCAUGCAUCCCAUUUUGCUUUAUUGGUUGCUACACUAGUCUUGUUUUUUUAUUGCUUUGUUUUUAUACAGUUUUCAAUACUAUUGUUAACUUAAAUGUUUGUUCCUUGGCAACAUUCAGGUUUGUUAUAAACAACUGCACUUUUUUCUUUGUGAAAAUGUUUCUGUAAAUCUAUAUAUAAAUUAUAUAUAUAUAUAAAUAUAUAUGUAUAUAUGGUCAAAAGUUUUAUAACACCUGCAUUUUUCCAGUUGUUACUGAAAUUUACAGUGUGAUGUCUCAGUGUCUCUGAAAUUAAAGCACAGAACAAUUAAAAUAAAGAUUAAAAAGGAUUAAUGGAAUCACAAAUCUUAAAUUGAAUCCACAUUUUCUGACUCUUUCAGCAACUGAACUGACUCGUGAUAUUUUUCUUACAGUGAUAAUGAAAUAUUGUUCAUCUCGACAUCUGUGUCUUUGCUUUCCACUUCAGUUCAGUUCAUCAUAAACCAUCAUUCUUUUCUGAUAUUCCAGCUCAUUAUGUCGCUGUAGGAUGAACCUCUGACCAACUCUGUCUUCCUCUGUUACCUGUUUGUUUUCCAAUCUGAUGGAAAUAUACAGUUCUUCCUCCUGCAGCACACUGUUGUUGUCGUAAUGUAUCAGACGGUGUAGCUUGUUCCAACACUGCCUUUCUAUAGACAGGGUUUUAAGACAUCAACAAAAAAUCGAGAAACUUGUUAGAAUAUUCAAAUUCAUCUUAAUUUAUUUCAUAACUGUCAACCAUGGAAUUUACAAAAUUUUUAAUGUUGUGUGAGGUUAAAUAGCUGGAUGUGACCUGGUUACAUUUCAAUAAAAACUGGAAAAAUUUGGGUUUAUACACAUUUGUUUUGACAUUCACAUAUAUAUAUAUAUGCAGUUAAUAUCCUUCCUUUAUCUCUUGAUACUGGUAAUUUGCUUAAUAUCUGUUUAAGUAUAUGACAAAGGAACAUGAAUACAUUUGUAAAUGACCAAAAUCUUGAAAGACAAAUAAUUUUUUUUCUGUUUGUCCAGUAUUACUCAAACUAUAGUUACUUGUGCCUUUUCUGUCCAGGUUUGUAUUUUUGACAUGUACAGUACAGCCACACAAAGAGGAGGCUGUGAAAUUUUAUAUAUUUUUUGUGUUGUUCAGGAGGGUUCAUAUUUGAUUGUUUUUUGUUCUAAAGGCCAUUGCUUUAACGCCAGGGUAACCAAGAAUAACACAGUGGAAAUAUUUGAAGGAGCAUCAAAAAAACGUGUCAGAGGAAAUGCACUGAAGAUCUAUUUUUUAUUACAAAAGAUUUUAGAUUAAGAUAUAUCUCUGUACAGGGAAGAGAGCUCUUUAUUUAUUGUUAUUUGAUGAUAAGGAUGAUCAUUGUUUCAAGGUCUUUUUUUGGUUUUGUUUUGUUUUUUACUUUUUUUUAACGGAAAAAAAUGACUUUGUUAUUCAUCUGUGUGUUUUUCAUGAUGCUCUUGUGUCUUGAAUUGGUGAUAAAGAAGCAAGAUGGAGUGGCUGGUGCCGGAGGAUCAAGUGCCCUGCAGAUUUCCCACACAGCAAAAUUUCUAGUCAUUGAGGAAAUAAAAAAAUACACCAAAAGCCCUA